UGCUCAUAGAUAUACGACUCGCGUAGAAGACGACUCUUGGCCCAUAGCACUCUGAGGAAGCAGGGGGUCUCGCUACCAGUAGCAUUCGAAAUGGCUUUGCAACCCCACAAGAUUGUGCCGACUGGCCAUUGGCAGCGCCCCAAUAGCUCCGAUCUGCCAAUGAGAGGCGUGAUGGUUAUAGACUCAAGGCUGCUCGAUGUAGCUGCAGCGCCGAAGGGAUCAGAAAUAGCGCUAGGCCUGAAUCAUCCACAGAGGUUCCAUAGGAGCAACAACGAUCGGCUUCACGAAUGUGAAGGGGAGAACACAGCUCCUCUCACAGGGGAAAAGCCAUCCAAAGUGGCUAAUAGGCAGAGUAAAUAUGGUCAAGAGGAAUCGUACAGUAUCUUUGCAGGCAUCCACGUUGGAGGGCCGGGAGAUUUCGCCCGCUUGGUCCAUGGAGAGCACAUAGUGUCCGAUGCCCUUGGAACGUUUAGCCGUACCGUCGCUGUACUUUAUGAACGGCAGCUUACCAACCUCUGCUUUGCAGAUGCCACCGCGUGUGUUGGAGAAGGCCCAGAGGUUGCCCUCAAUCACCAUCAUUCCGACGCAAUGGAUUCGCCAGUAGCUCUCCCACAUGCGGGGAAGGCAAGUUGAGAGUUGGCCAUGACUUUUCGUAUCCGUAGCUGGUAUACGCGCUCCCUUAAGUUCGACGAAUGAAGCCAUGUCAUGCCACCU